AUGCGCGUCUCUUCUCUUCGACUAGCAACUUCAAUCUCAUCUAAACCUUUGAGUUUGCGACAAGCAAGUGCAACUUUGCUUCCUCCACUUCUACUGUAUCGGAGUAUUCUUCGUGCCCACCGUUUCUUGCCUGUGGAGAUGCGGUCGCUUGGGGACGAUUAUGUGAAAGCAGAGUUUCGACGGCACAGAUCAGUGGACAAUCCUUUGCACAUCAUGGGGUUCCUGUCUCAAUGGAAAAUGUAUUUGGAUGAGAUACCGAAGGAUAGAGAAGCGCGGUCUCGAUGGACGGGCAGGAUACUUGACCAAACGGUAUUCGAAAAGAUGUCCAAUGAGCAAAUUGGACAAUUAUACGAAUUGAUGCACGCGACGAAGGAUAUAUGGAAGAGUCCUGCGGAAUUAGAGGCUGGGGCGAGAGAGGAAGAGACCCGGACAGUAUCCAGUAGCGACGACGUGAAUGACAAGAAAAAGCAAUGACCAUUAUGCAUCCGUAUUUGUGAGUUCGUUAUUGCAAAGUGGUGUGAAAUAGCUCGAUGGGUUAGCCCAUGGAACCGCCUCUGGAAGCCAUAUGUGCGAGUCCUGAAUUUUCUAGCUUGGACGGUCUGCGACGGGUACGGGGAACGUGGGUUUCGUUAUGUGAACGUGACCUAAAGAAGGUAGAUAAGAUAAUGCAUUGAAUUAGGUUCCGGAAGCAAAGGGGUUCCACACACAAGACUUGUCAGCAGGUCUCUCAGACUACUGAGGAUAUAUAAACCGUAAUCGGUUCUGUUGCCUGAGACACUUCAAGUUAUACUCCCAGCGCCAAUCCUCUUCAAGAGCAUUACUUCAUUCCCCCUUCGCCAUGACGCAGGCUGCACGAGUCCCAUCUACAGGAAAUUCACCAUUCGCCGAACUUCCACCUAUUUACACUCAGCUCGCGGAAGCCAAGGCUAGAAAAGGUCUAACCUUUGAACAAAUUGCAAAGGAGGUUGGGAAGGACGAAGUUUGGAUUGCCGCUGCGUUUUACGGCCAGGCGAAACUAACUCCCGAACUCAUCGAGGCUCUUGCGAAGGUCCUCGAGCUUCCUGCAGUGCUUCUGCAUAACGGGCUAGGCGCUCACUGGUGGCCUAAUAGAGGCGUGGGACCUUCGCCUCCAACUGAUCCAGUCAUCUAUCGGCUUUAUGAGGGUGUUCUAGUGUACGGACAUGCCAUUAAGGCAGUAAUUCAUGAGAAGUUUGGUGAUGGAAUCAUGUCAAUGAUCAACUGUGAUGUUACCGUGAAGAAGAAGGAAGAUCCUGCAGGGGACCGUGUUGUCCUCACCUUCGAUGGAAAGUUCUUGCCGUACUCGACGUGGUAGACGCACGUUUGACGUUUGGUAAAAGAAUGUUGUCAAUUAAAUGUUGUAGUUCACAAAUAUCGAAUUUUAUCG